ACCUUUCUCUCUCAUUCUCGCCGCUACAUUAAUCCUCCUGCUAAUCAACUCUCCGGGUUAGGUCUCGUGAUGCCUGGGUGCGAUAGGAUCAGCGAAUUGCCGGAGUCGUUGCUAACUCAUAUACUCUCGUACCUUCCGACUAAACACUCGGUGAAGACAAGCGUCUUAUCGACUAGAUGGAAGAAUCUGUGGCUGAAUGUUCCAGCUCUUGACUUACACUGUGAAGACUUCCCUUAUAGAGAAGAGGAAGAAGAAGCGGUCCUCGGUUUCCUUGACAGGCUUCUCGAGUUUGAACCUGGUUCACGCCUGCUAAAAGUUACGGUGGAGUGCGGCAGCGUGGAGGACAUAGAGGGGCUCAGGGAUCGGAUCAGCACAGUGAUUCACCGUGGACCUCAACAUCUAGACUUCGAGAGCUUUACCGAGUACAGAGAUCACGACGACGCUUUUAUCGACUACAUACCUCUGAAUCUCUACACGAGCAGGACUUUGGUUUCCUUGAAGCUCACGUUUUCUGGUCUCGAGGAUCCUGGUUUCGUUUGGAUGCCUUGUCUCAAGUCCAUGACACUUGUGAAAGUUCACUUUCAUUACGCUGCGGAUCUGGAGAAGCUUGUGUCAGGGUGUCCUGUUCUUGAGGAACUUACAUUGGUAAGGAAUAUGGAUCCUAUUCUUGUGGGUACGGAUGAAAAGAUUAUGCGUGUGAGGUCUGGGAGCUUGAAGAGGUUUCGUGUUCCGUUCUGGCACGGUAAGCGUUGCAGGUCGUCUGUGAAAUGCACGCUUGAGAUCGAUGCUCCAAUGCUAGAGCAUAUGACUAUAGGAGAAGAUCAUUAUGAUAGCGUCAUGGUAAAGAACCUGACUUCUUUGUUCAUGGUUGAUCUUGGUAUCAAGUUCGCUGUCAAGUUUGGCGAGUUCGUUGAUCCGGGGGACUUAUCAAAGAGAAAUGAAAUCCGUUAUUUUCUCUCUGGGGUAUCGAGUGCAAAGCACAUGAUCAUCUCUGAGAAAACAGUCAAGGCCCUUGAGCUUUACUCAAACGUAGGGCUGAUUCCCAAAUUCAAUUACUUGUCACGUUUAGAAGCCGUGUUCCCUUACAAGUUACUGCAGUUUUUGCCAGCCUUUCUUGAGUGUUGCCCAAAUCUGAAACACCUAAUCUUGGAGGUUUAUUAUUCAAGGGAGAUGGAGGAUGCAUUUGAACUCACAAAUGUGCCUGGGUGCUUCUUAUCGACUCUCCAGUGUGUUCAGCUUAGAAGAAUCCAUGAGUGGGAGGAAGAGGAGAUGAAAGUAGCCACCUACUUUCUUGAGAACGCUGCUGUCCUGAAGAAACUCACUCUCAGUCUCACGAACUAUCCUCGUUAUGUCUCGGAUGAAGAAAUCUUCGAGGAGGUUAAUAAAGUUGCAAAACGUUCUCCAGCAUGCCAAAUUCUUCCUGAUUGGGAGUUAUGUGAAUGAGGGAACAGUAUCAUUGCAGGAGUCUGUCUUUUCAUGAAAAAUUUGCAAUAUAAGUCUUUUUGUAGACAUUUGUUUGU